GAGGAUGCAAGCCGUCUGGCAAAUCGCGAUUGGCCCGAACUCAUCUUUCUGGGCACGGCCUCCUCCGCACCGAGCAAGUAUCGUAACAUUAGUGGCAUUCUCCUGCGCACCAGGUAAAAUGUUACCGAAAUCAUUAUACGGACCGAGGAGUUUUUUUAGUUUUUUAUUUUGUUGGUAA